AUGUCUUUCGAUCAGUUAUCAUCGUUAGAGUCGCAACCGACGACAAUGCGAAGAGAGGAUGAUCCUCAAUAUGCGGACGAUCCGGAAUUCCAAAGAUUAUCGCAAGACCUUAUGACAAAGCUCUUCUCAUUGACAGGAAAUAUCUCAAGGCUUUCAAAUGAAAUAAACUUAUUGGGAACGAAGAGGGACACGGAGAGGGUUCGGGAAAGAGUUCACGAUCUCUUGGAAGACUCAAAGGAUGCCUUCAAAGAGAUUGGCGAUGGCGUCAAGAAGAUACAAUCGUGGGAGGAUGUAAAUCCAUCGCAAAAAUAUACUCAAACAAAACUUACGCGCGAGUUCCAAAACAACUUGACCGAAUUCCAAAAUGUACAGCGCCGAGCUCUCGAGAAACAACGGUCCUCUGCUACCGCAGCACGAACGGCAAUGGAAGAAGCGCAAUCACCAGGAGUCGAGAGUGGCAAUCAGUUUGGGCAGCAACAAUCCCAAGAGCAGCUUAGAUUGGCUUCGCAGGAUGAGGUUGAUUUUCAAGAUUCGUUGAUAGUAGAGCGUGAGGCCGAGAUCCGGAAUAUUGAACAAGGCGUCACUGAAUUGAACGAGUUAUUUCGAGAUGUGGCACAUAUUGUCAACGAGCAGGGCGAGACUCUUGAUUCAAUUGCCAACAAUGUCGAGAACGUACAUACAGAUACAAGAGGGGCUGAUCUGGAAUUGAGGAGUGCCGCUAGAUAUCAAAAGAAUGCUCGGUCAAAGGCGUGCUGUUUACUAUUGAUAUUGGCGGUCAUCCUCACUAUUAUUAUACUCGCAGCUACCUUAGGGUAG